AUGCACGCUUCAGAUCCGUCACUGCCACCUUCAGCUGUCGGCGCAGGCUGCGGACCAAUGCCAGCUGACCUCUACCCGGUCCGCAUUCCUUCUGUUCAUCGGUACACUGAGGCCGUCAUUCUUCUAUACGUCAAGCAUCGGCAAGAGCUGCAAGCGCAAUUCUGGGCGGCCAUGCUUACGUAUGUCGAGGAGUACAUUGACCCAUACGGCAGGCUGAACCACGGUCUCCUGCCACCCUCUAUGCGGCGCUACCUACAUGAUCGAGACACGGGAGAUGUGGAGCUGGAGGCUGCAAUCGCGAACUUGGAAAGGGACCUGCAGCUUGAGGCGGCGCCUUGA